GGGAGGCAGUCCUUCUGCAAGAGCUGCUAAGAGCGCUGGGUCCUGCUUGUGCUCAGCUCCAGCUCGCCGGCUGGCCACCAAGGCCUCUGGACAGGGAACUGCACCAUCCUCAUCUCCCAGCAAGGGGGCUCCAGAGACUGCCCACCCAGGAAGUCUGGUGGCCUGGGGAUUCGGGCAGUGCCUUGGUAAUGACCAGGGCUCCAGGAAGAGAUGUCCUUGUGGCUGGGGGCCCCUGUGCCUGACAUUCCUCCUGACUCUGCAGUGGCGCUGUGGAAGCCAGGCACACAGGAUGCAAGCAGCCAGGCCCAGGGAGGCAGCAGCUGCACCCUCAGAGAGGAAGCCAGGAUACCCUACUCUGCCGGGGGCACUGCAGGGGUGGGGCUGGAGGCUGCUGAGCCCACAGCCCUGCUCACCAGGGCAGAGCCCCCUUCAGAACACCCAGAGCUCCGUCCACAAAAGCGGAAAAAGGGGCCAGCCCCCAAAAUGCUGGGGAACGAGUUAUGCAGCGUGUGUGGGGACAAGGCCUCCGGUUUCCACUACAACGUUCUGAGCUGCGAGGGCUGCAAGGGAUUCUUCCGCCGCAGCGUCAUCAAGGGAGCGCGCUAUGUCUGCCACGGCGGCGGCCACUGCCCCAUGGACACCUAUAUGCGUCGCAAGUGCCAGGAGUGUCGGCUUCGCAAAUGCCGCCAGGCUGGCAUGCGGGAGGAGUGCGUCCUGUCAGAAGAACAGAUCCGCCUGAAGAAACUGAAGCGGCAAGAGGAGGAACAGGCUCAUGCUACAUCCCUGCCCCUCAGGGCUUCCUCACCCCCCCAGAUCCUGCCCCAGCUCAGCCCAGAGCAACUGGGCAUGAUCGAGAAGCUGGUUGCUGCCCAGCAACAGUGUAACCGGCGCUCCUUUUCUGACCAGCUUCGAGUCACGCCUUGGCCCAUGGCACCAGACCCCCACAGCCGGGAGGCCCGUCAGCAGCGCUUUGCCCACUUCACUGAGCUGGCCAUCGUCUCUGUGCAGGAGAUAGUUGACUUUGCUAAACAGCUUCCUGGCUUCCUGCAGCUCAGCCGGGAGGACCAGAUUGCCCUGCUAAAGACCUCUGCGAUCGAGGUGAUGCUUCUGGAGACAUCGCGGAGGUACAACCCUGGGAGUGAGAGUAUCACCUUCCUCAAAGAUUUCAGUUAUAACCGGGAAGACUUUGCUAAAGCAGGGUUGCAGGUGGAAUUCAUCAACCCCAUCUUCGAGUUCUCCAGGGCCAUGAAUGAGCUGCAACUCAAUGAUGCCGAGUUUGCUUUGCUCAUUGCCAUCAGCAUCUUCUCUGCAGACCGGCCCAACGUGCAGGACCAGCUCCAGGUAGAGAGGCUGCAGCACACGUAUGUGGAAGCCCUGCAUGCAUACGUCUCCAUCCACCAUCCCCACGACCGACUGAUGUUCCCACGAAUGCUGAUGAAACUGGUGAGCCUCCGGACCCUGAGCAGCGUCCACUCAGAGCAAGUGUUUGCACUGCGCCUGCAGGACAAGAAGCUCCCACCGCUGCUCUCUGAGAUCUGGGAUGUGCACGAAUGACUGUUCUUUCCCCAUAGUUUUCUGUUUUCUGGGUUGGAUGGCUGAGGCUCAGGGGCUGCCUCCUAGAAGUGAAACCGACUGAAAAGGGCAAACAUUCCUGGGAGCUGGGCAAGGAGAUUAAAAGAGUCAGAAGGUUCGGA